AUGGCAGAUUCCAGCGAGUUUGCUGAAUACCGUCUUACAAGAUGGAAUAUAGAUGACGAUUCAUUAUCUUAUAUUGAUCAUGAUUAUUGGGAAGAAUUAAUAAAUCAAAUAGUCGAAUCACGAUGGGGUAUGAAAGCAUCGGCUCUGAAUCGAGACGGAUUAUUUCGCAAAGCUUUUGACCGCGUCAACAAGCCAUCGCAUGAUGGUGGUUCAAAGUCAAAACAUUGCAGCAAUUUUUCAGAGGCUCGAAGAUUCAAAUUGAUGAUAUCAAGUAUAUGGAAUAUCUCUGCUGGUCGGGAUCGUGGUUGUACAUUACACGGUGAAGGCAAGAGACGAAUGGCUCGCGAUUCAGCAGAUAAAACCCCCCGUGGAAAAGACUUUGGCAAUACCGUAUGCUCUAUGCCGGUUCAUACUGAGGGUUUCUUUCCCUUUGUGGUGGAAACAUUAAAUUCACUUGCAAUUGAUUCGGGAAAAAGACAAUCAAAAGGGACUUCUUCAUUUGAACCCAAAGAAAAGCUGAGCAACCGGAAAAAACUGGGCUUUUAUCAAGCGGUAUCAAUCUCAUCAAACGGAGCAGGACACUCAAGAGAAAAGUCCCCAUUUGAAGCCAACAACUCACCAAGCAGGCAAGAAAAACUAAUAAUUGGCGAUGCAACGUCAUUUUCGUCGGAUAUUUUAGGCCAUUCGAUCAAAGCAGAAGCAAAUAUGGAUCAGCUAAUGUCCAAUUCAUCAAAAAGAUUGGAAUAUUCAACUGUAGAACAAUCAGAUGGGGGUAGAUCGGCACGAUUAUCAACCGCAUUCGACUCGUUGGAACAUUCAACUGGGUUGGGAGGAGUUGCCGAACCGUUUUCAAUUUCAUCAAACGGAUUGAAACACCUGGCUGUAGAGCAAUCAGAAGUUGAUCGUUCAGUAUCGAUGUCAAUUUCACCAAACUUGUCGAAACAGUCAGAGCUAUUGGGAUAUUCAAUAUAA